AUGGAAAUAGACUGGAAGGAAAAGCUCACGAGGGAAAGACAACAACUUGAAGAUGUAAAGGAGGAGAUACAGAAGGAAAAAGAAGCCUUUGAGAGAAAGAAGGGAUUGACCAUGAAAGAAAGAGAUGAGUUUGAUCUGAUGAAGUCUGAAACACAGGGACAAUUGGAGGAAAUAGAACAAAACAAACAAGACAUUCGUGUGGAGAAGGAAAAGCUGGAUCAGAUCAAAGCUGAGUUAGAAAGACGGUCUGAAGACGUAAAUCAGAUCAUGGACGAGACAAGACGGGAGAGGGGGAAGGUUGAAGAACUGGCUUUCCAAACUCAAAAACAACGAGAAGAAAUGGUGGGUUUUAUGGAAAAGAACAAACAAAAGCAGAACGAACUGGAACUCAUGAAUGACAAGAUUGAAAGAGAGAAACAAGACAUCGAAGAAAGGCAGGAUGUGCUAACAAAGGAGAGAGAGGAGCUGGAACAAAUGAGGAGUGAGAUACAGCAACAGAGAGAGGAGACAGAAUCUCACAUGGAAGAUCAAAGGAAAGAGAAAGAACAUUUGGAACAAAUGACGACGGACAUGAAAAAACAGUUGCUAGAGGUGGACAAUGACAAGGAAAUGAUAGAAAGCUCAAUGGGUGAACUGAGAGUGAAAGAGGCAGAAAUGGUGAGAGAAAAAGACAACAUGGAUGACAAGAUGGCUCGGCUCAAAGAGGAAGAGGAUAGAAUGUGGGAAGAAAUAGGAAAGAAGAUGGACAUCUUAAAGCAGGAAAGUUGUGAAAUCAAAAGACUGAGAGAUGAAAUUGACAGUGAAAAGGACCAGCUGAAUGCAAAAUUGCUUGAGUUGGAAAAAAUGAGUGAAGAACUAGAUAGAGAGAAGAAGGAAGUGAAAGACAGGAAGGAUGAAACACUGAAAGAGAAAGAUCAGUUGGAAGAGAGGCGAUGUAAGAUAAGUAAGGAGAAAGAGGAAUUGGAUAUCAGUCUUGAACUGAUGAAAAGACAAAGGGAAGACUUGACGAGCUUGAAGGCUGAAGCAGAAGCACAGACCGAGCCUAUGGAAAUAGACUGGAAGGAAAAGCUCACGAGGGAAAGACAACAACUUGAAGAUGUAAAGGAGGAGAUACAGAAGGAAAAAGAAACCUUUGAGAGAAAGAAGGGAUUGACCAUGAAAGAAAGAGAUGAGUUUGAUCUGAUGAAGUCUGAAACACAGGGACAAUUGGAGGAAAUAGAACAAAACAAACAAGACAUUCGUGUGGAGAAGGAAAAGCUGGAUCAGAUCAAAGCUGAGUUAGAAAGACGGUCUGAAGACGUAAAUCAGAUCAUGGACGAGACAAGACGGGAGAGGGGGAAGGUUGAAGAACUGGCUUUCCAAACUCAAAAACAACGAGAAGAAAUGGUGGGUUUUAUGGAAAAGAACAAACAAAAGCAGAACGAACUGGAACUCAUGAAUGACAAGAUUGAAAGAGAGAAACAAGACAUCGAAGAAAGGCAGGAUGUGCUAACAAAGGAGAGAGAGGAGCUGGAACAAAUGAGGAGUGAGAUACAGCAACAGAGAGAGGAGACAGAAUCUCACAUGGAAGAUCAAAGGAAAGAGAAAGAACAUUUGGAACAAAUGACGACGGACAUGAAAAAACAGUUGCUAGAGGUGGACAAUGACAAGGAAAUGAUAGAAAGCUCAAUGGGUGAACUGAGAGUGAAAGAGGCAGAAAUGGUGAGAGAAAAAGACAACAUGGAUGACAAGAUGGCUCGGCUCAAAGAGGAAGAGGAUAGAAUGUGGGAAGAAAUAGGAAAGAAGAUGGACAUCUUAAAGCAGGAAAGUUGUGAAAUCAAAAGACUGAGAGAUGAAAUUGACAGUGAAAAGGACCAGCUGAAUGCAAAAUUGCUUGAGUUGGAAAAAAUGCGUGAAGAACUAGAUAGAGAGAAGAAGGAAGUGAAAGACAGGAAGGAUGAAACACUGAAAGAGAAAGAUCAGUUGGAAGAGAGGCGAUGUAAGAUAAGUAAGGAGAAAGAGGAAUUGGAUAUCAGUCUUGAACUGAUGAAAAGACAAAGGAAGACUUGACGAGCUUGAAGGCUGAAGCAGAAGCACAGACCGAGCCUAUGGAAAUAGACUGGAAGGAAAAGCUCACGAGGGAAAGACAACAACUUGAAGAUGUAAAGGAGGAGAUACAGAAGGAAAAAGAAGCCUUUGAGAGAAAGAAGGGAUUGACCAUGAAAGAAAGAGAUGAGUUUGAUCUGAUGAAGUCUGAAACACAGGGACAAUUGGAGGAAAUAGAACAAAACAAACAAGACAUUCGUGUGGAGAAGGAAAAGCUGGAUCAGAUCAAAGCUGAGUUAGAAAGACGGUCUGAAGACGUAAAUCAGAUCAUGGACGAGACAAGACGGGAGAAGGGGAAGGUUGAAGAACUGGCUUUCCAAACUCAAAAACAACGAGAAGAAAUGGUGGGUUUUAUGGAAAAGAACAAACAAAAGCAGAACGAACUGGAACUCAUGAAUGACAAGAUUGAAAGAGAGAAACAAGACAUCGAAGAAAGGCAGGAUGUGCUAACAAAGGAGAGAGAGGAGCUGGAACAAAUGAGGAGUGAGAUACAGCAACAGAGAGAGGAGACAGAAUCUCACAUGGAA